CCCUUCCAGCCAUUUUUCCUAUUUUCUCUUUCGUUUUCCUUUCAAUUCCUCAAAACCCUUUCUCUUCAUUCCAUCCAAACACACUGUUGAUCGGUUUUUCUCCUUUCUGCAGCCUCGCCUUUUCCUCGGCUGUUCUGGGAGGUGUUCGAUAGGCAUGGAUUCUACCGUUGAAAUGGAACCCAAAUCCAUUUCUACAGAAGAAUAGUAACGUCCAACACAACAUUGAAAAAGAAUACCGGAAUUUUCCGGGGAGUGUCCAGGAUUUGUUUCCAGAGUUUGGUAGCACCGGGCUGUUUGGCUCUCGCCCGAGCGGAAUUUUGCCCGCUAGGGCACCGCCAGGGCAUGCUCUUCCCUUCCCGCGACUCCCUCGCACACCACCGUAGCCACACCGCCGGCCGCGACGAUCAUCUCCUUGCCGGAGGCUGCCAUCAAGCAUCCAGAUUGUGUUUCCUUACCUGCCCACUGCUGAGCAGCACCGCUACCAGGCGGACUCCAACUCCGGCGCAGCAACAGAUACCAGCCCUCAUCCUCCUCACGUUCCUCACAUUGUGUUACCAUUCCUCAACGCCGCUACGCAGGGCGCAACACUGGUCCACGGCUGACAGCACCACCAAAGCUGAUCAUUCUACCAUCGGCAGUGGGACAUAACAUGUUCAAGUAGAAGAGAAGACAGAUGGCUACUUCAGUGUCUAAAUCUGGAUCUUCCCUCAAGGACUACCUAAAGAAAUAUGAAGGCAGCUAUGGUGAUCCCGUGCCAGGAGAAAAGAAGAAAAAGAAGAAGAAGAAGAUAGUGACUGAUGAGACAGAAAACAUGAAUAUUAAGAAGAAGAUCCAGAAUAAGAAAGCAGGUGAUAUUGGAGGCCUUCGUAUAGUUGAUGAAGACCCCAUAUGGCAGAAGCCAGUAGAUGAGGAAGAAGAGGAAGAUGACGAGGAAAUCGCUGAAGCACAGGUUACUGAGGAUAUUGAGGUGAAGCGGCUUAAGCGCCUGGAACUUCUCCGAGCCAAGCGUCCCUACUUAGCUCUCUCGGAUGAUGGCAGUGGUUGGGUUUCUGUGUCUGACCAGAAGGAGGAUCAUGACAAGAAGCUAGGCACAUCUGUUGACUCGUCUCUGCCAUGGGACAGAAAAGAUUCACCCUUAAUAGUGCAUUCAAGUAGGGAAAGUUGUGAACAAUCAGAAGAUACGGACCUUUCUCCUCCACGCCAUCGUCGUGCACCCUUGGAGAAAGACAAUGACCUGUCUCCACCAAGGAAAUCUAACUUGUCAUUUCCACGUAACAAGGAUGUUGAUUCAUCGCCUUCGAGGAUACAGAAGUCAAUUUUAGGGCGUGAUGAUGUUGAUCCAUCUCCUCCAAGAAAAAGUGGGUCUUCUUUGCAGUACAAUGACACUGAUUUAUCUCCUUCAAGAAAGCAUGGUUCACCUUUGGGGCAUAAUGAUGCUGAUUUGUCUCUUCCAAGGAAGCAUAGAUCAUCUUCCUAUCAUGUUAAUGAUGAUUUGUCUCCUCCAAGGAAAAAGAAAUCUUCUUCCUGGCACGAUGCUGCUGUUGAUUUUUCUCCUCCAAGGAAGCGUGGCUUGUUGUUGCGGCAGAAUGAUGCUAAUUUAUCUCCUUCACGAAAUGAUGGUUCUUCAAAACUGCAUUAUGAUGAUCUUGAUCUUUCUCCUCGGAGAAAGCGUGGUUCUGCACAACUGCAGCAUGAUGAGGAUGAUCUGUCUCCUCCAAGGAGGCAGGGAUCUUCAUCCUUGCAGCCUGAUGGCAAGGGCCUUUCACCUACAAGGAAGGGUCAGUCUUCACAUCAUGAUAAUAUUGAUCUUUCUCCUCCAAGGAAGCAAAAAUCAUUAUCACGGCAGUCACAGAAACUAGUUGGUGCUGAGGAUGUUGAUCGGUCUUCACCCAAGAAACUUGCAUUUUCAGUCAAGCGUUCUGAAUCCAAGGAUGAUGCUAGAAGACAUGGAUUGUUCAGUAAGCAAGAAAUAAAGGAAGAGAUCUUCAAGAAGAAGAGGGAAGAAUCUUUGAGAUAUUCUGAGUUGGAUCCUACUAUGACGGGACGAGGCGCCGAACUUGUAUAUCGUAUUAAUGGAAAAGCAGUAUCCAAGGAGGAGUUCUUGAAGUUGCAUUCCAAGGAUGAAAAACCGAAGGAAAAGAAGUUGGAAUGGGGACAAGGGUUGGCUCAAAAAAGGGAAGCUGAAGCAAGGUUGCAGGAGUUGGAGCUUGAAAAGGAGAGACCCUUUGCUCGAGCAAGUGAUGAUCCUGAACUUGACAAAUUGCUGAAGGAGAGGGUUCGUUGGGGUGAUCCUAUGGCUCAUCUUGUCAAGCGUAAAGAUACUGUUUUGGAGCUGGAAGACCUGGGAAAUGAUGAGAAGAUGAAGGAGUCAGGUUUUGUGGUACCUCAAGCCAUACCCAGCCAUAGCUGGUUAAAAAGAGGAGUAGAUCCUGGUGUAAACCGAUAUGGUAUAAGGCCAGGGCGUCACUGGGAUGGUGUUGAUCGCAGCAAUGGAUUUGAAAGGGACAUGUUCAAGAGGCAAAAUGAUAAGAAAGCAACGAAAGAUGAAGCCUACCUGUGGUCCGUUGCAGACAUGUGAAGAAGGCCAAUUGAAGGUCAGAAGGGAUAUGAUGACCUUUCUGCAAAAAUUGGAGUCUCCGUCUUUCAUCAUGCAGAUAGCCAGAUGAGGCUACAACUUGGGACUUUCCUUCAUUUACUAGAUAUUCUUACAACUUGGAAAGGAGCCCUCAAGUUUGUUAUUCUAUUGUAUAUUCAUGAUGCUUAUAAUAACUUCUGCUCAGCAAUAGAAGCUCUGUUUAGUGUUCCUUGUUAGAAACUUCUUUGAAAGUUUCAGAAAUUGUUUCAUGGCCCUUGUUCAUAAAAGUUCAUCUGAAAUUUUGUGAAACUA